ACACAGGAGGAUUGAAGGGAAGGUCAGGAAGAAUAAGAGGGAAAGUUAAGAUAUAGAAGACAGCCAAGUUCAGGGAAGGCCAAAGGGUUGGCUUUUGCAUGCAUUCGUAAUGCAAAAGUGACCCAAGAAAAAAACUUAUAUCCAUCAUGGAAGUUUUAUCAAGAUCCUUGAUACUUGUCUUUCUUUUAAUAGGUUUUGGAUUCUCCAAACCUGUAGUUUCAUUACCUUUUGGUUUGGGUGAUUUAUUUGGUGGUGGUUUCGGUGGCGGUUUCAAUGAUGGUGGUGAUGACGCUCGUGUUGCAGAAGAACUAUAUACAGAAAAUAAUGACUUUGAUACAAAUUAUCCAGGUUCAUGGGAACUUGCUUCUGAAAAUUCAGGUGUUUCGUCCAUGCAUAUACAAUUGCUUCCUAAUAACAAAGCUAUCAUGUUCGACGCUACCGUUUUCGGUGAAACUAAAGUCCGACUGCCUGGCAAAUGUCGACCAAUUCCUAACACAAAAGGAUUAAUGGAUUGUACCGCUCAUGCUGUUGAAUUCGAUAUAGAAACUUCUGAGAUCCGACCACUUACGGUCAUGACCGAUACAUGGUGUUCAUCGGGUGGUAUGGCUCCGGAUGGGACUCUGAUCAAUACAGGUGGUUGGGAUGAGGGGGGUAGAGCUAUAAGAUACAUGAAAGCAUGUGAAAACUGUGACUUUACAGAAUAUCCUGUUGCGCUAACCGGGAUGAGAUGGUAUGCUACUCAAACAAUGCUAGCAGAUGGUAGCUUCAUUGUAGUUGGUGGUCGACGUAUGUUUAACUAUGAAUUUGUACCAAGGCCAGGAGUAAAUAAUGUCAAGAAUUACGACCUCCCGUUGCUCCGUGAGACAACAGAUCUCGCCGAGAACAAUCUUUAUCCUUUUGUUCAUCUCUCCACAGACGGAAACCUCUUCAUUUUUGCUAACACUCGAUCGAUUCUGCUCGAUCCUAGAACCCAGAAAGUCAUUCGUGAAUUCCCCGUCUUACCUGACGGAUCUAGAAACUACCCAGCCUCUGGAAUGUCAGCUCUUCUCCCAAUCAAACUGCACGGAGAAAAUGCUGAUGUGAUCCCAACUGAAGUAAUGGUUUGCGGUGGUGGAGAUCCUAAUGGGUUCGAUUUGGCUUUUAAGGGAACUUUCUCGCCUGCAUCGUCAAGCUGUGGAAGAAUUCAAAUAACAAAGCCUAAUGCUGCAUGGAAAAUGGAAAAAAUGCCAUCACCAAGAGUAAUGGGAGAUAUGUUGAACCUUCCAAAUGGAGAACUCCUUAUUAUCAAUGGUGCGAAGAAAGGUGUAUCCGGAUGGGAAUUUGCUGACGAACCUAAUCUCACGCCAGUUAUUUAUAAACCAAUGAAGCCUAAGGAUGAGAGGUUCAUCGAACUUCGACCAACAACUAUUGCACGCAUGUAUCAUUCAACAUCGGCUGUACUACCUGAUGGUAAAGUUCUAGUUGCCGGAAGUAAUACACACGAUGUCUACAAGUUCAACGAGAAAUUCCCAACUGAACUUCGGGUUGAGAAAUUCUGGCCACCAUACUUGGACCCAAUGCUCAACGCCAAACGACCAGAGAUUACCUCAGUGUUGAACGCUCAGAAGUUCCAGUAUGGAGAGGAAUUUACAUUGAGGAUUAGAUUGCGUCAAUUGCCAGUACUUGGUAAGAAAGACAUUAAAGUGACAAUAUAUGCUCCACCAUUUACAACUCAUGGAUAUUCAAUGAACCAAAGACUUGUAGUUUUGGCUACAAAGAAGGUCGAACCAGUGUUUCCAGGAGUUUUUGAGAUCUCAACUUUGUCACCACCCUAUGGUGCAGUUGCUCCACCAGGUUAUUAUCUUCUUUUUGUCAAUUAUCGUGGAGUUCCAAGUAAAGGAGUUUGGAUUCAAAUUGGAGCUUAGAAGUAUGCACUCAUCUUCAUCGAUAUAUUGUAGUUUGUUUUCAAUUUUUGGUUAAUUUUCUUGAUAUAACUUAACAUUGUGAGCUUCAUUCUUCUCCCCUAUAUCUUUCUUUGUGAUAAAAACAUAUGGACACGACUCUUUUAUUGUAGAAUCAUUCGACUCUUUUUUUUUCCAA